AACACUCUUGUGAUUGACACACCAAGAAUAAGAAAGCAAACGCGUCAGUAUUCCACCCUGCGUGGAGAGGGUGGUGAUCUGUCUGACAUGGACAGCGAUGACGACUACCCACCCCAUAAUUCCCGUCAAUCUCGGGCCUCUCGACGCUCUGACCGGCAUUCUGGUGGAGGUUACGGGCGCACAGACUGCUUCCGAGUGGAGAAACACCUACUUGUUUAUGGAUGGGGCCGCUGGCGGGAUAUCCUGUCUCAUGCUCGCUGUAAACGGCGUCUCAGUGAACGUGAUGUGGAAACCAUUUGUCGCGUCAUCCUGGUUUUCUGUCUGAUACAUUACCGUGGAGAUGAGAACAUCAAAAGCUUCAUCUGGGAGCUAAUCACCCCUCCAGAGAAUGGACGAGAGCCACAGGCUCUGCUUAAUCACUCUGGUCUGUCCAUCCCUGUCCCUCGUGGCAGGAAGGGGAAGCGAGUGAAGGCUCAGAGCUCUUUUGAUGUGCAGAAAGUUGAGUGGAUCCGCAAGUACAAUCCUGACAGUCUACUGCUUGAUGACAGUUACCGAAAACACCUCAAACAUCAGUGCAACAAAGUGUUGCUGAGAGUACGUAUGCUGUAUUACCUGAAGCAGGAGGUCAUUGGAGAGCAUGCUGAUUCUGUAUUAAGAGGAGCUGAUGCAAGGGAUAUUGAUAUCUGGUUGCCUGAAAUGGAGCAGCAAGAUGUUCCGUCUGGCUGGUGGGAUGCAGAAGCUGACCGUUGUUUGCUUAUCGGAGUCUAUAAGCAUGGAUAUGAAAUGUACACCACCAUGCGUGCUGACCCCUGCUUGUGUUUUGUUGAGCGAUGUGGCCGUCCAAAUGAGCAGGACAUUAAUGCGGAGCAGCAAGCAGUAGACCCAGAGCUUGGGGAGGGAGGAGACUACGACAAGUACUCUGAAGAUCCAGAAUUUAAGCCUGCGACAAGGCACACUAAGGAGGUGUAUGAGGAGGCUGAUUCGGUGAAUGCAGAUGGUGAUAUUUGUGUGGAGGAUCGCUCUGUUCCUGUGCAGGUCGAGGGGCCAUCUUCGGGAUCAUCAGAUUUGUGUUAUUGGCCAACGAGCUCAUCGCUUACAGCCAGACUACGGCGUCUUAUCACAGCCUACCAACGCAGUUACAGGCGAGAGCAGCUUAAGAUGGAGGCAGCAGAGAAGGGCGACCGUAGACGUAGACGGUGUGAACAAGCCACUAAACUCAAAGAGAUAGCCCGACAAGAACGACAACAAAGGUGGACUCGUAGGGAGGAGUGUGAUUUUUACAGGGUGGUAUCGACCUUUGGCGUUGAAAGGAUAAAGAAAGAGGUAGAGGCUCUAGAAGGGGAUGAGCAUCAUAUGGACUGGAAUCAUUUUCGUUCGUUUGCUCGGCUUGAUAAAAAAACAGAUGAAAGCUUGACGCGUUACUUCAAGUGCUUCAUGUCCAUGUGUCGGAAAGUGUGUCACCUUCGGCCUGCACGUGGAGAAGAAUCUCAAGAUCUGUCCCAAUCCCUGGCCCCCAUCACAGAAGAACGAGCCUCGCGCACACUCUACAGGGUCAGCUUGCUGUGUCGGCUACGUGAACGUGUUCUUCGUCACCCCUCGUUAGAGGAACGCCUCAGUCUGGCACCACCCAGCUCUGAUCUGCCCAACUGGUGGAGCUUCCCACAGCACGACCACGAGCUGCUCUUAGCUGCUGCUAGACAUGGCGUCAGCCGCACUGAACUCUCGAUCUUCUCUGACCCACAGUACUCAUUCAGUCAGGCCCGUCUCGACUACCUCCAGAACCAGCAAGCCCAAGCUGCCUCACAGAUUCAAUCGUUAAGUCAGUCACAGGAUUCGACCAGUAUCAAAGAGGAGAGCCUAGAUGAUGAGUCUCGGCUGCUAGGGGUGGAGACCCUCUGUCCGUCAGACUCCCCAGCCAUGCUCCUCUCCCAUUCUGAGGGGAAAGUUGGAGUUCAGGCUGGAUGGGCCUGGAAGAAGAGCAAAAACAAUGGGCCGGGUGAGAAUAAAGGAGGAGGAGAGAGAGGUGAAGGCCCAUCAGACUCUGACUCCGAUUCAGACUCUGGCUCGUCGUCUUCCUCCCGUCAUUCGGGCAGCUCGGAUGAUAGCGGCGACAGUGAUGGAGAGAGAGAACGAGCAGCAGCUCUUAAGAUGUGUGAUGGUGAUGAAGAAAACAGCCUCCUCUCACUCACACCAUCUCAAGAAGGCGCCCCUGCCGAGUCACUCACUGACCCUCUAAGAGUCGAUUGGCCCAAAGACCGUGUGCUGAUAAACCGAAUAGACAACCUCUGUUCGCUGGUUCUAAUGGGACACUGGCCGUCAGGUCGCCGCUACGUCUCUGACAUUCAGCUCAGUGCUGCAUCUGACGAGCGUGACCUCAGCGAUGACCUGGGUUACCCCCGAGUGGGACGCAAAAGCAACAGUGCCCUAUCUGCAGAAGUACUUGACGGCCAAGAAUCAGAGUUCACAGUAAAACUCCUGAAGGAGGAGGGGCUGAAGCUGACAUUCUCUAAGCAAGCUCUGAUGCCAAACGGUGAAGGGAGUGCACGCAAAAAGCGAAAGGACCACGAGCUGGUAGAUGCUGAAGGGGUUCUCCAUGCUCCCCGCAGGAGGGACCUUCCCAACUGGCUCAAAGAAAACCCAGAUUAUGAAGUGGAGGGAGACAUGCUAGAGUUACUAGUGAACCGGACCAAAAGGAAGAGGAGGAGGAAGAGGAUAGAGAAAGGAGCAGCACUUACUGGCAGUGAGAGAGUGAAGGUCAUAGACAUAAGGACGGGCAAGAAGUUUGGUGGAAUUUACGGGCCUGCACUACAGGACCUGAGAGAGCACCUGGAGGAGAAUCCUGACCACGCUGUAGCACCGGAAUGGUCUGAGACUGUUCGCAAUUCGGGCUUCUUGCCUGAGAGUUUAUUCCACAGACUGUUGAGUCCCCACGCUUCAAUCCCCAAAAAGAAUCACCAUUACCUCUCCACCCCUUCGAUCCAGACUGACGACCCUCUCCUCGGAGGCGGCGAAGGCGAGACGUUAGUUUCCGAUGGCGCUUACAUGAUGGACGAUGAGGACCUGGAAGACGGUGGUCACCUCACGUCAUCUCACCACUUCCUUACUCCAGCCUACGAUGUGAAGAUGGAGCCAAGCGCUCUUGAUAUGGACGGAGGUGACAGUUUGUCACAAGGUGGAUACGAUAGUUCAGACAGAGAGGCCAUUUUGGAUGAUGUCAUCAUGGCACCAAAAAAUUCAGACUCUUCCUCAAGCUCAGAGGAUUGACCAAAUCUCAUGUUAGAUGUAGUAGACCGAGAUCAUGACAGUCUUUUAUUUUAUUAUAUUCUGCCUUCAUUAUUUUUAUAAUUAUUGUUGAUGUUAUUGCUUAAAAUAUGGAGUAACAGAUUUUUUUCUUGGGUUGGAUUUGUACUUGACUGUUUUGCGUAGAUUGAGGAGAUACAGGUGCUGUGUUUUUUUCUUUUUUUCGUUACACCUCAUUCAGCACGUUGUGCAUAAUUCCAGAUGAAAUAUGAAUUUGUCUCACAUACCCACAGUAAGCCCCUUUCAUCCUGUAUUGGCUGGGAAAGGAGCGGUUUGUCUCUCACCCUCAGGCUGAACUGUUUAACAGUGUGCUGGAGGAUCCAUAGUCAUGCACUGAGCUGAGCCAUCGUGGUGCCUCGGUCUGGUUAAGAACAUGGAGUUUUUUUUUUGUUGGAUGUAUAUCUUUUUUUUGUGUGUGUGUGUUGGGGGGUGGGGACAGGGUAGGAUUUGGGGUUUAGGGUUAGUUACUGAAACAAUGUUAGACAGAUGAUGGCUGUAUUGUACAAAGUAGAGUUGGUCCUAUGCCUGCAAUGAUGCAAAAAUUAUGCGUUUAUUCCCGUUUCAAUAACUGACUCCAACUGUCUCUGUGAUAUAAAUAUGAAUAGCAGUCUACAGUGGAAA